AUUCCUGCACAUACAUACACUCAUCAUUCAUCAACGAAAAGAAUGAUGAGAAACAAUGUGCAGCAGCAGCAGCAGUUCAAAGAUUCAGCUCUUAAGAUGAUCUCAUUGUGCUCCCUAAUUAUUGUAGGUGUAGUUGAAACAAAAUCAACAAUAGAACCAUGCAACUCCUCCCAGGCAUGCCCCUCACUUCUCUCAUACCUCUUGCCAUGGGACUCAAUGCUAUCCGAAAUAGCAACACGCUUCAACGUGAACGUCUCAGAUAUCAUGGCCGCAAACUCUGCCUUCCCAAUAACAGCAUCGUGCGGCAACGAAAUCGUGAGAGCAGGAUCAACGGUGAAGAUACCAGCCACGUGUCAGUGCGUGGAUGGAAUCAGAAGGUCGGUGUCAGCAGUGUACAGGGUGAAAGCAUCGGACACACUGGAAUCGAUAUCAGAGGGUUAUGGAGGGCUUGUUACUGCAGAUCAAAUUAGGAGUUUCAACAAAGGCGUGCCUUUGGUGGAUGGAGAUGUGGUAGUUAUACCGUUGCCGUGCAGUUGCAUGAAGAACCAGAAUAAUGGGGAAAGUGCGGUUUAUAUGUCCUAUGUGGUUCAGAAAGGGGAGACACUGGGAAGCGUGGCAGCUUAUUUUGGUACAACUGUUUCUGAUUUGGAAUUUGUUAACGGUCUUGGACAACCUACCGUUCUACCUGGCGAUAUUCUAUCGAUUCCUAUUCCAGCAUGUUCAUCAGCUACUCUGAAUUGGUACAAUGAGAGUUUGAUAGUCCCAAAUGGCUCAUAUGCUUUAACUGCCACCAACUGUAUUAAAUGCACUUGUGCUCCACAGGGUCUCAAGAUGCAAUGUUUUCCUUCUGGAAUGGAUGUACCUUGCUAUAAUUUACGUUGCAAGGGAUCCAAUCUUGCUAUUGGGGAUGAACAUCUGGAAUAUUCCAAUGCUGGAUGCAAUGUCACCCAAUGUGUGUACCGUGGCCAUAGGGGUGGAAAAAUUCUGAGUAGUCUGAUCAACUCUUCUUAUCUGCAAUGUCCGGAUAAUAAAAGCUCUAGUGGAGCAACAUGUUGGCAACCCUCAGCACCAUAUUUGGCAGACCCAUUUGUUUUGUCUCCAGGCCCAAGCCCAAGCAUAUUCCCCUUGCCUGUUUCUGAGGCUGCUCUAAUGACUCAUGCCUAUAACUAUGACUAUGACCAUGAGAGAAGGCUCCAUCUGUUCUCACUCAUCUGUCGUAUGCUACACUUGUUAUUCCCAAUGCUUCUACUUUGUUUUUUAAUCUGA